CCCACUAUCUCCAUCGGUUGCAAACAGCCUCCAGUUCGGGACCUCUCUCCCAACCACACACCUCUCUCUGAAUGCACCAGACUUCAACAUGCAGCUCCCUCCCGCUAAAUCUCAGGUCGCAAAGAAGGUCUCCCAGCACUCCGUCAAGUCCUCUGCCUCCUCUUCCGGUGCCUCCUCAAACUCCACCCGCUCCGGCUCCGCACACGCGUCCACUUCAAACCUGAGCAACACCCCCGCCGCACCCGCCUCCUCCAAGGGCCAGAUACACGUAAAGCUCAUCGCUGCCCGCGGUCUCAACGUAAGAUCGAUCAGCGCACGCCCAUACGUCGUCGUCGUCUUCGAGCAGAACGAGUUUGUCAGCAGAGACCCCACAGACGAAACAGACAAGGAGGUCAAGGGCGUCCCCACAAAUCUCUCUCGUGCCUCUUCUUCUAUCGCCCUCAGCACCCUCGGUGCCAUCGGCAGCAAGGUCCUCGGCAAUGGCGCUUCUACCGCCUCUUCGUCCUCCACCAACUCUGCAAAGUCCUCCCUCUCCGCACAGAGGCCCGCCCCCGCUCACACUCCGGCACUUGGUGCCCUCGGUGGCCGCAUGUCUGCGCACAACCCCGUGUGGAAACACGAGGUCUCCUUCGACGUCACCUCGGAACAGUCUACGAUUGCCUUUAACAUCUACGACCGCUCGCAUGAAGAGCACGAUUUCCUCGGCAACGUCCAGUUCAGACCCGUCCUCGUCCACGACCACACCGUAGACCAAUGGUACAAGCUCCAGCCGCUCGAGAACGAACUCGUCACAGGCGAGGUCCGUAUACAGGUCACUUUUGAGCAGAGCAAGUCCAAACGCGCUUUGACACCACGCGACUUUGAGUUCCUCAAGCUCAUCGGCCGAGGCACCUUUGGCCGGGUUUUCCAAGUACGGAAGCGGGACACGAAGAGGAUCUACGCGAUGAAGGUGCUGUCAAAGAAGGAGAUCAUCGCCAAGAAAGAGGUGGCGCAUACCAUCGGAGAGCGCAAGAUCCUCCAGCGCUCGCUCGAAUCGCCCUUCCUCGUCGGACUCAAGUUCAGCUUCCAGACAGACUCGGACCUGUAUCUCGUCACGGACUUCAAGAGCGGAGGCGAGCUCUUCUGGCACUUGCAGAAGGAGACCCGCUUCUCGGAAGAGCGCGCGAGAUUUUACAUUGCGGAGCUCGUGCUCGCGCUGGAACAUCUGCACAAAUACGAUAUCGUCUACCGGGACCUGAAACCAGAGAACAUCCUUCUGGACGCGACAGGCCACGUCGCGCUCUGUGAUUUCGGGCUGUCGAAACCCGAUCUCCGGGCGGACGAGCUCACGAAUACGUUCUGUGGGACGACGGAGUACCUCGCGCCGGAAGUCCUCCUCGACGAACACGGCUACUCGAAGCUCGUCGAUUUCUGGUCCCUCGGCGUGCUGCUCUUCGAGAUGUGCUGUGGUUGGAGUCCGUUUUACGCAGAAGACACGCAGCAGAUGUAUAAGAAUAUCUGCUUUGGCAAGAUUCGGUUCCCGAAGGGUGUCAUUAAUGAGGAUGGGAAACAGUUCGUGAAGGGGCUCCUAAACAGGAAUCCGAAACACCGUCUGGGCGCCGAGCGCGAUACGGCCCAACUGAAGGAGCACCCGUUCUUCAAGCCCAUCGACUGGGACGCGCUCGCUCGGAAACAAGUCACGCCGCCCUUCAAGCCCGUCGUCGAAUCGGACGAGUCGACAGCGAACUUUGAUCCGGAGUUCACCUCGGCGGACGUGAGCGAGGUCAACUCGCAGAUGGACCUCGACGAGGACGACCCGUCGGGCGAUUGGGUGCUCUCGCAGUCCGUGAACGGCACGGUCUACACGCCCAAUGGGCCAUUGGGCAGCGAUCGUAGUCCUGGACCGAAUGGGAUCGGUGGUGGUGGUGGUGGUGGUGGUGGUGCCGUCACUCCGAAUGGGGCGCCGCCGCAGCCGCAGGGGAUUAAUAUCACGAAGAAGAAAGGCGGACGGGAUCCUGGCGCGAGUCCGCCGCUGACGAACAGUGUGCAGGAGAACUUUAGGGGGUUCACUUAUUCGGGGGAGAACGAGAGCGUGAUCGCGAGCGCGGUGGGACGGUUGGCGAUGGAUGAGCCGGAGGAGGAGCAGGCGGUGGAUGAGGAGGGCGUGGAGCCGACGACGGACGACGAGGCAGAGGACGAUGCGAGUUGUGCGGGACGGUAUGCGAGGCGGAAGGGAUAUCUGGAUGAUGAUAUGGAUGUAUAACACGUGCAGAAGUUAAGGUCUUCUUUUCCGUGAGCCUUUUGAUUUUUGAGCGUUUUGAUUUUUCGAUUUUUUUUUUUGAUUUUGUUGAGUGGAUGAUGGAGAGUCUGGUCGCCCGCCCGUGCAAUGCAACGCAAUGUAUAACGCGCUUCCUACAUACUUUAUUCCCCCAAGCAUUUCCCCUUCUGUAUUGUCGUCGUCGUCGUCGAUGUUGUUGUUGUUGUUGUCCAUCCAUCUCGCAUAUCAUCCACUCCCCCCUUGCCGCUAACCACCCACGCCAUCUCACCUCGUAUAGUACCACCCACCGACGCGGACACCCCAAUAUUUCAUCCCUCUCAGGCUAUCUACUGAUCCUUUCCUCCUUUCAAUCCUUUUCCUGCCAUCGAACUAUAGUCUAUCCCGCAUCUUACCUUGUGACUUUUUAAACUCCUGAUCAAAAGCUGUUCUCCUUUUUCAAACUUACACUUACUCGCCGGUUCUGGUUCUGGUUCUUCAUUCGUGUUUCGUGUUUCGUCGAUACUCAAUCAAACAACGCUUGUACUACUACUACAGUAAACUUGAACUCAACACGAAC